AUGGAGUUGAGUACGUGGCUGGAGUCUAACUUAUCUAACAGCUUCGGGAUCCUCGACGAAAGGUGGGAGUGCUCCUUUGGUGUUAGCCUGUGGCGGCUGUGGCAAAGACGAAAUAACUAUAUUUUUAACGGCCUCGACCCUUUGGUGGCCAGGACAAUCCAUGAAGUUCGAUGUUACGUAGCCUCUCUUAAGCAUGCGGCGUCGAGCUGUGUGCGCCUUGGACAGGCGUCGGCGCUGCUGGCGGAUGAAGAUGUGGACGAGACGGCGGCGUCCUCUGCUGCCUCCAAGCGGACAUCCACUUUCCUCAAUGUUGUUGCUCUCGGGAACACUGGUGCAGGAAAGUCUGCAGUGCUGAAUAGUCUAAUUGGACAUCCUGCAUUGCCAACUGGGGAAGGUGGUGCAACCCGGGCUCCAAUAUGUAUUGACUUAGCAAGGGAUAGUUCGCUUAGUACCAAAUCCAUUAUUCUGCAAAUUGAUAGUAAAUCUCAGCCAGUAUCUGCAAGUGCUCUUCGACAUUCAUUACAAGAUAGGUUGAGCAAAAUAUCUGGGAAAAGUCGUGAUGAGAUAUAUUUGAAGCUUCGUACGAGUACAGCUCCACCAUUGAAACUAAUUGAUUUGCCUGGUGUUGAUAAGAGCAACCUUGACGAUUCCUUGAGUCAGUAUGCUGAACGUAGUGAUGCAAUAUUGCUCGUUGUAAUACCUGCCACUCAAGCUCCAGAGGUAGCUUCAGCCAAAGCCAUAAGAAUCGCCAAGGAACUUGAUGGAGAAAGUACAAGAACUGUUGGAGUAAUUAGCAAGAUAGAUCAAGCAUCUUCAGAACCGAAAGUCCUUGCUGCUGUGCAAGCUCUUUUGUUAAAUCAAGGACCUAGAAGUACAUCCGACAUUCCAUGGGUUGCUUUGAUUGGCCAGUCUGUCUCUAUAGCUUCUGCUCAAUCAGGGAGUGUUGGAGCUGAUAAUUCCUUGGAAACUGCUUGGCGAGCCGAGAGUGAGAGUUUAAAAUCUAUACUGACUGGAGCCCCUCAAAGCAAACUUGGGAGAUUAGCCUUGGUUGAGACCCUUGCUCAACAGAUUAGAAAUCGCAUGAAAAUUAGGCUGCCAAAUCUUCUUUCAGGGCUUCAGGGAAAGUCCCAGGUAGUGCAGGAUGAACUUUUCAGACUUGGGGAACAGAUGGUUCAGAGUUCUGAAGGUACCAGAGCUUUAGCCUUGGAACUUUGCCGUGAAUUUGAGGACAAGUUUCUCCAACACAUCACAACAGGAGAGGGAGGUGGGUGGAAAGUGGUUGCUAGUUUUGAAGGCAAUUUCCCCAAUAGGAUCAAGCAACUUCCUUUAGAUAGGCACUUCGACAUCAGUAAUGUUAAAAGGAUUGUGCUUGAAGCAGACGGCUAUCAACCUUAUCUUAUCUCUCCUGAAAAAGGGUUGAGAUCAUUAAUUAAGGGUGUUUUGGAGCUUGCAAAAGAACCUUCACGCCUCUGUGUGGAUGAGGUGCAUCGGGUUCUUGUCGAUAUUGUCUCAGCUGCUGCAAAUGCUACGGCAGGCCUUGGAAGAUACCCUCCUUUUAAAAGAGAGGUUGUGGCAAUUGCUACAGCUGCUUUGGAGGGCUUCAAGAAUGAAGCUAAAAACAUGGUAGUGGCACUCGUUGACAUGGAACGUGCAUUUGUUCCUCCACAACAUUUUAUACGUUUAGUGCAGAGGAGGAUGGAUAGACAACGGCGUGAAGAAGAGUUGAAGGGUCGAUCUUCCAAGAAGGCGCUUGAUGCAGAGCAGUCCAUUUUAAACAGGGCAACCAGUCCACAAACAGGAGGCCAACAAAGUGGAGUGAGCUUAAAAUCGUUGAAGGAUAACAAAUCCAAUCCGCAAGAUAAAGAUAAAGAUGCGCAAGAAGGAUCUGGACUUAAGAUUGCUGGACCAGAUGGAGAAAUAACAGCAGGCUUUUUGUUAAAGAAAAGUGCCAAAAAUAAUGGUUGGAGUAAAAGAUGGUUUGUGUUAAAUGAGAAAACCGGAAAGCUUGGUUAUACCAAGAAACAAGAAGAAAGGCAUUUUCAUGGCGUCAUCACUUUAGAGGAAUGUAAUCUGGAAGAAGUUUCUGAAGAAGAAGAAGCUCCUCCAAAGAGUUCUAAAGAUAAAAAGGCAAAUGGUCCUGAUGCAGCAAAAGCACCUAGUCUUGUUUUCAAGUUAACAAGCAGGGUUCAGUAUAAGACUGUCCUGAAAGCCCAUAGUGCUGUUCUUUUGAAGGCUGAGAGCAUGGCAGACAAGACAGAGUGGCUCAAUAAAUUAAGAAAUGUCAUCAGUGCCAAAGGAGGUCAAGUGAAGAGCGAGUCUGGUCCUCCAAUGCGGCAAAGUCAUUCUGAUGGUUCUCUUGAAACAAUGACCAGAAGACCUGUGGAUCCAGAAGAAGAGCUUAGAUGGAUGGCUCAGGAAGUGCGUGGUUAUGUUGAAGCUGUUCUUAACAGUCUUGCUGCCAAUGUCCCGAAGGCAGUUGUCUUAUGCCAAGUUGAGAAGGCGAAAGAAGACAUGCUCAAUAAGUUGUACAGUUCUAUCAGCGCACAAAGCAUGGCAAAGAUAGAAGAGCUCCUUCAGGAGGACCAGAAUGUGAAGCGGAGGAGAGAACGUUACCAGAAACAGUCCUCCCUUCUUUCCAAGCUGACAAGGCAACUUAGCAUCCAUGACAAUCGAGCUGCUGCAGCUUCCAGCUACUCCAAUGGUGUUGCGGAAAAUAGUCCAACCACUAUGGGUCCAUCGUCCGGGGACGAUUGGAGAUCUGCUUUCGAUGCUGCUGCAAAUGGGCGAUCAGAUUCGUUUGGGGACUCGAGAUCCAAUGGUCACAGUCGCAGGAACAGUGACCCUUCCCAGAAUGGUGAUGUCAGCUAUGGGUCAAACUCUGGCAGUCGCCGCACGCCCAACCGUUUGCCGCCUGCCCCACCAUCGUCCGGUUCUGGCUAUAGAUUUUAG